GAAGAGAUACUGCAGAUUCUGGUGGCCGAUGCCAGAAAUGGAGAGGAAGAAGAAGAUAUUGUGCCGAUGGCUAGGGCUGGAGAGGGAGAGACCACCUUGGGUACGGAAGAAGGCCUCCGUCCUGUACCAGUCGAAGGGCAAUGUGAAGAUGGCAAAGAUCAGACGGGAGAGACGCAGAUGGCUGAGGUUGAUGAUAACGAAGGAUGGGAUGUUGAAAUCAGGACUUUGGAAGAGAUUCUGGAGUCGGUGCGGGCAGAAGGUGGUUCGACGUGUGAACUCCAGUGGGGACUCUACGGCCGGCGCAUCUAA